AAACAUCCUACUUUCUUUUAAAUACGCUUUUAUUUAUAAAUUUUUUUGGUGAUUCAUAUUGCAUAGUACGAGCACCACCUCUUGUUGUUGCAAAAGACGAGCACAAGCACACAUCGCAAGCUAUUAUUUAGAACUGUAAACAGACUGUCAUAUUUGAUUAGCAUUUUUUUCUAAAGUUACAGCUACAUCAGAAUUAUCCUGCAAUCUAGUAUAUUGGCAGCAGUGCUGGCACAGCUAAUCAAUGUCGCUAGCCCGAAUGUUGUUGAUUAUAUGUCCUUUGUGGUGUCAGUUAAAUGGGGCGUGUACAUACUGUUUGUGGCGGCUAUAUUCGUGGUUUACAGGCUGGUUGUGGCCAAGUGGGUGUCACCUCUGCGACAUAUCCCAGGGCCUUUGUUGGCGCGAAUGACUGGCAAGCGCCUGGAGGUGUACACUGUUAUUGGUAAAAUGGCAUGUAUUGGGCGAAAGGACUAUGAGGCGUAUGGCGACAUUUAUGUGUGCGCUCCCAAUGCUGUCAGCAUAACUAAUCCAGCUGAUAUUCGCAUGCUGCUGAACAACCCGCUUGUGCCCAAGGCGCCCUACUACCGUAUACUUCGUUUCACAGGAAUCGAUAACACUGUCAGCACGCAAGACAUGGAGCUUGCAAACUCGCGUCGCCGGCAGAUGGGCCCGUACUUUAACCCAACUUACUUGGCCAAGAUGGAGCAGACAAUUAUGCAGCGCGGCAUUUUGUCUAUUAAACAUAAAUGGGACCAGUUGAUUGAACGCAGCAUGGAUGGUGCGGCGGAGGUUAAUUACAGCCACGACUUUUUAUUUGCGAGCUUUGACACGAUCGGUACUUUGAUAUUUGGCAGGCAGAUCAAAGAGCUCAGGACCAACGAUGUCGCCACAGCGCAUUGGAUUGACACAACAGUGACUUACAUUGGAGUGCGCUCUAUGCUUCAGCUGUUCCCACAAAUUAAAAUCCCACUGUUUGAGUUUCCAUGGGAGCGCCGGUACACGACCCUUAGCACGUACAUAGACGUGUCAAUUGACCAGCGCAGACAGCAUCUGGCAGAGCUGGCCAGCACUGGCCGCGAAGACAAAAGACCAACUGAUUUGCUGCAGGCAUUCAUCGAUGCAGAGGACCCAGAGUCCAAGGUGCAAAUGACGCACGCCCAGAUACAUGGCGAGUGCAUGUUGAUGAUGCUGGCUGGCGCAGAUACAGUCGCACACACAAUUUCAUGGGCGGUGCACUUCCUUACAUUGCAUCCCAAGUUCUACGCGCGCGCUGUUAGUGAGGUUCGCUCGGCGUUUGAUUCAGGGCAUACCAUUUCUUACAGCGAAUGCCGAGCCAAGCUGCCGUUUGUUGAGGCAUGCCUGUACGAGUCGCUGCGUCUAGCGCCAGUGACAGGCGGGAUGUUGCCUCGAGUGUCGCCCGCAGGCGGACUGAUGAUACAGGGUCAUUUUGUUCCUGAGGGGACAUUCGUUUUUGUCAACUUUGCAUCGUCCAACCAUCAUAAGAAGACUUGGUGCAGGCCAUAUGAGUUCGACCCGACGCGGUUCCUGGAUGACAGUGAGGCGCGGCAUAAUGUGUUUACAUUCAGUAGCGGCAAGCGCAUCUGUCCAGGCAGGCAUUUGGCGUGGUGGGAAAUGUUGACGGUGUUUGCUAAUAUCCUGAAGGACUACGACUGGAGGCUACCGGCAGAUUUUACCCAUCUGGGACCGAAUAUCCUUGAUGAGCACGGGUAUCCAAAGCAGAUGGAGUCGCAGCAAUUUAUAGUCGUCAAGCCUGCCAACGCGGAGCGCGACUGUCGCCUGAUUAUCACUAAACGUCAGUGACACGUGGCCCACCUGUAGUCAAGUUUGGCGGCCUUUUAUUUUAUAAUUACAAGUGUCUUCUUUUUUAUCAGUAUAUAACGAAUAACACGUUGCUUGUUCAUGUUCAA